AAUGUAGGUCCCUAGCCCUUGUUUUAAUCAAGUUCUGAAGCUGGAACUGAAUCACUCAAAUAUGAUUAUGAAAGUAAUAAAAUAAAAAAGCUGUCUGGGCGCCAUCAAAGCAACUCUACGCAUUUGUGAGUAUUGCAGUCAACAUGGUGAUUUAACAAUGCCCUAGUGACUAUGUUUCAUCGGUUAGGAUCAUCAAGAACUUCACUUUCUCUAUCUACAUUGAAUUUCCUUGAACAAACUAAUCCGCAAACUCUAUAGAGUAUCCAAAAUAUCCCCAUAGUGUCCAAACCUUGUCCAAAAAAUUAAGAAUUGACAUGAUAAUAAAAAAUUAUCUUCGAUUGGGAUAUAAAACGACCCGAAACGCUGCAGGUAGAGGCACAAUUCAUUUACACUUCGUAAAAUGAAGAGGUUCUUGGUUCUGCUCGUGCUAAUAAUUUUGUUGCUUGAGGAAAAUCAGAUUUUAGCAAAUGUAAGGAAAGAUUUUUGUGAGUCCAUUUCCUUGCCAAUAAAAUGUGAUCGGACAUCAAAAUAUCGACAAAUUAAUGGUAGAUGUAAUAAUUUAAUAAAUCCGUAUUUGGGAGCUGCAAAUACAAGGCUAAGCCGGCUUAUGAGAUCUAGAUACUCAGAUGACAUUUCAGCACCUCCUAAAUCUGUUAAAGGAGGUGAUUUACCAAGUGCUAGAUUGAUAUCGCUGACUGCAUUUAGUGACAAUAACGUUCCGAACGUAAAGUUCACGCAAGCCUUUAUGCAAUUUGCACAGUUAAUUGCACAUGAUGUGUCAUUUACUUUAGCAGCUCCAACGCAACGUGGAUGCUGUCGAGAUAAUGGAUUACUCGUGCCAAAACCGGAUAAAAGUUGCUUAUACAUUCCAGUGCCGAGAACUGACAAUAUUCAUUCAGGAAUGACAUGUAUGGAAUUUACAAGAUCUUUAACGGAUAAUGAUGUGAAUUGUCCCAAUUAUCCAAAAGGAUAUCCAUCAGAACAAAUUAAUGGAGCCACAGCAAGCAUGGAUUUAUCUCAAGUUUAUGGAGUUAGCCAUGAGAAUCUGAAGAAAUUACGUUCAUUUAAGAAUGGUCAGCUCGGAGUAGAAAGUCGUUUCAAUUCAACCUUUCCAUUGCAGGAACCAAACGCCAGUAAAGAAUGCUUCAUUCAAGCACCACGCGAGACAUGCUAUCGUAGUGGUGAUUCAAGGCUUAAUCAGAAUCCUGAGCUGUCAAUCAUUCAUAUUUUAUUUAUCAGGGAGCACAACAGGAUUGCUAAGGAACUGCAAAAGCUUAACCCACGAUGGUCAGACGAGAUUCUGUUUCAAGAAUCUAGACGUAUCAACAUUGCUCAAUUCCAAAAUAUUGCCUUUUAUGGAUGGUUCACUUCAGUCGUGGGUGCUAAGAAUGUAAAGACUCUUGGCUUCUUUUAUCAGCCAUCAGGCAAUGAAUAUGCAAAUGAUUAUGAUGCAAAAUUAGAUCCCAGCAUAUACAAUGAGUUUACUGCUGGAUUAUUUAGGUUACUUCAUACAAUGAUUGACGGACAUUUGAGAAAGCUAUCUGAAAAUCAAAAACUCGAAGAAAUCGUGAGACUGUCUGAAACGUUCCAUCGACCAAAAUUCAUAGAAGGUCAGGGAAGUUUUGAUAGCUUCUUAAGAGGAAUGGUAGCUCAGCCAGCACAAGCAUUUGACAGCAAUUAUGAUGCUGAAGUUCGUUCGUAUUUAUUCAAACGACGAAAAAUUUAUGGUGGUGAUUUGAAGGCACUGGAUAUUCAACGAGGCCGUGAUCAUGGACUUCCUAGCUAUAAUGAUUUAAGAAACUUUUGUGGACUUCCUAGAGCUACAAAGUGGGAAGAUUUUGGUGAUUAUAUAGCUUUAUCGGACAUCAACAACUUGAAGAAAGUUUAUGCGGAUGUUGAUGAUGUUGAUAUGAACGUAGGAUCAUCACUUGAAAAGCCUUAUGCACCUGGAAUAACCAUAGGAAUCACAUAUACAUGCAUCCUUAAAAUACAAGUCAAAGCUUUUCGUUCUGGUGAUCGUUUUUGGUUUGAAAAUAAUGAUCCAGCAGCUAGAUUCACUCCAAAUCAGUUAGCAGAGAUCAGAAAAGCUAGUUUUUCAAGGAUAAUAUGUGACAAUACAGAAAGCAUCUUUAAAGUUCCUCAAAAUGUAUUCCUGAUAACAAAUGAUGUGAAUAAUACUUAUGUGAAGUGUUCUGAUGUUCCGAAAGUUGAUUUGUCAUUGUUUAAGGAAUAAACGCGGCACUAAUGAAGAAUAAAUGAAGUUUUUAAAAAUAA